AUGCAUUCAUGAACAUGAAACAUACAUGUGUCAUAUGGCUACCACGGCCAGAGACGGCACUGGAUUUUCUUUGUAGUCAUUCUAUUACUGCCAACAUUACUAUCAGAAAAUGUUUUCGUAAUAUUAAUACCGCAAUUUCAUUAUAUCAAACAAUUAUGCAGCAGUUUGAAGAAAUUACUGGUGCAGGCCUCAUGAAAGCACAUGUUGCAGGCUAGGGAUUUCAUAGUUUUCGAUCUGUCCAAAAACCACACUGAACUCGUGGACCUACUACAUAUGAAUAUUUCAGUGGCUGCAACGUGUAGUUUGUCGUUCGCGAAGCGUGUGUCUCUAGUUUAUUUAAUAAAGUUAAUGAUUCUUAGGUUUAGCUACAUAAUCAUAAAUAUAAAUGAUUUAAACCUGUGUUAUGGUGUUGUAUAAAACAAUUGUGUUUACUUAAUCACAUAUGACAUAGUUUGCAUUGAUUAGUACAGCUAGCGGUUAACUAGUUUUGCUAUAAUAAUUACAUGAUAUGAUGGUGUACUUAUUGAGAGCAAAUUCUGUCUUCCUUCUUGGAUUCAGUCUUGGCUUUCUAACUGCUCUCUUUACAGUAUUUAUAGAGAGUAAAUAUAGCAGUAUAAUAUAUAAAGUGCAUCAAUCUUGGAAGGAGAAACCAGGAGUAGAAUCAAAAAUCUUGCAUGGAUUGAGCAUUGAUAAUUGGAAUCAAAAUAUCUGGUUUACCUAUGAUAUAUGGCUACAAUCUAAAAAUCGUCAAAGGUUUCCGGAAAAUUUAGAUAAAUUUCUUUAUGGACCAGCAAACAAAAACAGAUUAUUGGAAGCUGAUUGGUUACGGUUAACGGUUCAUGUAACCUGUGUAGUGUUUGUAGAAAAAGUUCAAUUGGCCCUAGCUACUAAAGCUACAUGGUCCCAACGUUGUAAUAGGGUCUACUUCGUUGCUCAUCGGUUGACCGAUCCCGACAUUCCUAUCAUUAAAUUUCCAACUAAAAUAACAUCAUCGUGGCAACUUUUUUGCGAAACUAUUUAUUUCGUAAACUUCACAGAAACGAUUGAAUGGGCAAUUUUUGUUAAGGAUGAUACCAUUGUCCUCCCAGAGAAUUUGAGAUUUCUGGUAGCCCCACUUGAUUAUAAGAAAGGAUAUUAUCUUGGUCAUGCAAUUUUUUUGUGGGGUCAAGCUUAUAAUGUUGCUCAAGCUGGUUACGUUCUUAGUUAUGGAGCUUUGACAAAAAUUCUUGAAAUGUUUAAUAAUCCGCAAAAAUGCGCCUCUGCAGGAAAAUAUUGGAAGAAGGAAGAUUAUUAUCUAGGGAAGCACUUGGCAUCUGUCGGAAUCUAUCCAUUGGAUACACGAGAUUCGCAAGAACGUUGGAUUUUUCAUGGAUAUUCUCUACAAACACUUCUACGGGGAAUCACAAAAACUGGCAAUUAUUGGACACAUGCCCUCUAUCCGUUCAGAAAAGACUGUUGUUCACCACGAUCAGUAACAUUCGGCGCAGGGGAAUCUGAUAAAAUGUAUACGUGGAAUUAUAUAUUGUACGCUCUGAAAGUCUUAAGAACUCCCCAAUUCUAUGGUAAUAAACCUGCUCCAACAAGCAUACCAAAUAUUCAG